AGUUGGUAUCGCCCAAUGGCCGCGCUCAGUUGGGGUUGAAGGCGCGCACUCGCCGUCACUCCCAAUCUCGCCUUUCUUGUCAGGGGCUUUUCUCUUUUCUCAAGUGUCGCCGUAUCCGCACGUCGUCGUUAUCAGGGAGUCGUCGUCGCCGCCGACGCAAAGACGUCCCUCUUGCACGGUGCACCUCUUUGCGAUGUCCCUGAAGCCACGAGCCGUAGACUUCACCGAGACGUGGAACAAGCUGCUGACCACCAUCCGCGGCGUCAUCACCCUUGGCCAUGUCGAGCGUAUCACAUGGAACGACAGAUUUUCCGAUGUGUAUGCCCUGUGUGUGGCAUACCCGGAGCCCCUGGGAGAUCGGCUCUACUCUGAAACCAGGGCCUUCCUGGAGGAGCACGUGCAAAUACUCCACAAGAAAGUGGUGGAGUCAGAGGAGAGGAUACUUAUAAUGUACCAUGGAUAUUGGGAGGAAUACAGCAAGGGCUCGGAUUACAUGGACUGCUUAUACAGGUACCUGAACACGCAGUUCAUCAAGAAGAGUAAGCUGAGCGAGGCCGAUAUCCAGUAUGGGUACGGCAUGGACAGCAGCGAGCAGCUCAUGGAGAUUGGAGAGUUGGCGCUGGACAUCUGGCGGAGAUUGAUGAUCGAGCCACUGGAGGGAAGUCUGGUCAGGGUACUGCUGAAAGAAAUUAAAAAUGAUCGAUCUGGAGAAAAUCCCAAUCAGAAAGUAAUCCACGGGGUUAUCAACUCUUUUGUUCAUGUUGAACAGUACAAGAAGAAGUUUCCGCUAAAAUUUUACCAGGACGUGUUUGAGAGCGCGUUUUUGGUGGAGACUGGAGAGUAUUUUAAGCAAGAGGCAUCCCGACUGCUCCAGACCUGCAACUGCUCACAGUACAUGCAGCAGGUGCUGGGCAGGCUGAAGGACGAGGAGGUGCGAUGCCGCAAGUACCUGCACCCUAGCUCCUACAGCAAGGUGAUCAGCGAGUGCCAGCAGCGCAUGGUGGCCGACCACCUGCAGUUCCUGCACAGCGAGUGCCAGACCAUCGUGCGGCAGGAGCUCCGUGACGAUAUGGCGAACAUGUACACGCUGCUACGGACGGUGCCGCAGGCGCUUCAGCACAUGGUCACAGAGCAGCAGGAGCACAUCCGCCAGGAAGGACUCAAGGCCAUCAGCAACCUCUCCCACGAGAACAUGCCAACACAGUUUGUCGAGUCGGUUCUGGAAGUGCACAGCAAGUAUGUGCAGCUCAUCACGAGUGUCCUCAGCGGAGAUCAGCAGUUCAUGAGCGCACUCGACAAGGCCUGCUCGGCUGUCGUAAACUACAGAGAACCGAAAUCGCUUUGCAAGUCACCAGAACUGUUGGCGAAGUACUGCGACGGAAUGCUGAAGAAGACAGCCAAGGGCAUGACCGAGAACGAGGUUGAUGACAAACUCUCCAACUCCAUCGUCGUCUUUAAGUACAUUGAUGACAAGGACGUCUUCCAGAAGUUUUAUGCCAGAAUGUUGGCCAAGAGGUUAAUCCACGGGCUUUCCAUGUCAAUGGAUUCAGAAGAGUCCAUGAUCAACAAACUGAAGCAGGCAUGCGGGUACGAGUUCACCAGCAAGCUGCACCGCAUGUACACAGACAUGAGUCUGAGUGCCGACCUCAACAACAAAUUCGGCAACUUCAUCAAGGAGCAGGAGACACCCAUCGAUCUUGGCGUCGGCUUCCAGAUAUACGUGCUGCAGGCGGGCGCGUGGCCUUUGUCCCAGCUUCCUUCCACGCCGUUCGUCAUCCCCCAGGAGCUGGAGAAGUGCGUGCGGAUGUUUGAAAUUUUCUACAACGAUAGCUUCAAUGGCAGGAAGCUGACAUGGCUGCAUUACCUUUGCACAGGUGAAAUGAAGAUGAACUACCUUCCCAAGCCCUACGUGGCGACGGUCACCACCUACCAGAUGGGCGUGCUGCUGGCAUUCAAUGGUGCCGAGCAGGUGACAUACCGAGAGCUUGAGUACAGCACGCAACUCAACGAGCGCGAGCUGGUCAAGACCAUCCGCUCGCUCAUCGACGUAAAGCUCGUCAACAGCAGCGGCAAGGAGGAUGAGAUAACACCAGAGUGCAUAUUCUCCCUAAACAUGGAGUUCAGCAGCAAGAGGACAAAGUUUAAAAUCACAUCGGCCAUGCAGAAAGACACUCCCCAGCAGGAGGUUGAGCAGACCCGCAGUGCCGUGGACGAGGAUCGUAAGAUGUACCUGAAGGCGGCCAUCGUCCGAAUUAUGAAGUCACGCAAAGUGCUCAAGCACAACGCCCUCAUCCAGGAGGUGAUAAGUCAAUCGAGAGCACGGUUCAUACCCAGCGUGAGCAUGAUCAAGAAAUGCAUCGAAGACCUCAUCGACAAGCAGUACAUUGAACGUAACCAGAAUUCCACGGACGAGUACAACUACGUUGCCUAAGCGACAGGCUGGCCAGCUGGCAGAGGACGGACGGACGGACAGGCAAGCAAGGAAGCGAGCGAGCAACACGCCAUAUACGAACGCACGCAACAGGCUGGGGAAGUUGUGGGGCUCGGACCCCCCCCCCCCCCCACUCUGCUCCUACAUCCCAUCCUCCCAGCUUGUUUUAAACGCAAGCAGAUAACGCGCAAGCAAUCACGCAGUUCACAUCCUCCCAAGCCUAAAUUGAAAGUUAAGUGGGUAAAAUGUGCGCAUCGAAAAGUAUGCGAAUGGAUCGCUUUGGAGUAAUACGCUCGCAAAUAUGGGGUGUUUUGUCCAAAAAGAAGCGUUGGUUUUCUUAAUUCACUUUCUACGUUUGCACUGGUUCUAUUGAGAAUUUGUGUUUAUCUUACAGAGUGUUGUGUGUCCCGGUGUGUUGGGCCUGAGGUUUCGGGAGGUUCACCGUAUUUGCUUUAAUUCUGCCUGCUUGACCCACCGACUGGGGAUUCUUGAUACAGGUGAAAGUUUAAACUUUGCUGUGAGCGUUGAGUUGCCUGUACCACCAGUGCAGGGCAUUUCUUUUCAUUAAGGUCAUGAUUUUACAAGCGUUUUCUUUGACGUUGCCCUGCCAAAAUCCCUGAAACACUGCUGACUGCUUUUCCUGCAUUUCUAUGAAAGCAUUGAAAUCACAUCGAUGUUUGAAGGUGUUGAAAGCACUUAAAACAAGUCCAUUACUGUAAUGCUAUCGAAAACGUUCUAAAAGCGCACGGAAUAAAUACGUUAUUUAAAAUUUUUAUUUGCUUCAAUGCCUUUUGUUUGACGCUCCAGUGAAUGCCACAAUGUCAAAUUCACAUCUUGUUAGAGUAACAUUUUAUUUGAUCACCACCAUCGUUAGGUUACAACUCACUUCUGCAAGCGUUUACAAACAUUGGUUUCAUGCUGCAGUGACAAAACAAAGCACAUGUUUAAACGAGUGUCUUGAAACUGCACUGCCAUUUCUAAAGGGUCCUUAUGGCUUCCAUCUGAGUAUAAUUUAGACUUUAACAUAAAUGCUUUGGGUGUAAAAAACUAACUUGUUUAUAUUCCUGAUCCAGCCUUAAACUAUUCAUGCAAGUGCAUUCGACAAAAAGCAGCAAUGUCCCACUAACCUUUUAAUGGCAAGUCAUGAGUCGUCUUAACACGUUAAUGUGUUGAGGUUAAAAUGAAAAUGUCACUUGAACAGGGAUGCACGGAAUUUCAGUAUCCACCUGGGUGUUAAAUAGAGUUAGCGAUCCUAUCGUCCUUGCUUUGGCAGAAAAUGUAUUUGCACGUUUCCAGAAAUUUAACUUACGAAUGAUCCAAGUUGGGAAUUUCAUUUUUUUAAAAGAUCUUUGCCAGUUUAAAAGUGCCGAAUUUGCGUUCACCUGUAAACGUUUGCUUCACCUGUACGCGCGUCAACGCGGCCACACUUUCACUCUCUUGUUGGUGAACGUUCAGUUUAACCGAUGUGCACGUGGAAGUGUGUUUGAAGUGACAACAUGUUUCCUUUCGUCGCUCAAUAAACACACGUGUAGGAAUUUUACUCAUGUAUUUUUUCCCUUCUUUCAAAAUGCUCAUUAAAUGUCCUUUGCUGUGUCUGAUCAGUGGCGUAGCAUUCAGAUUAAAAAAUUUCAGUCGUCCGUAAUUGAUUGGCAACUUGUAAUUUCCAAUUUUUUGUAACUUCAUGGUGUUUACUUUUGUACAAAACUAAAAAAAACCACGAAAAAAAUCUAUAAAUGUUCGUCUCAGGUUUUUCACUCAUCCACCUAAGCAGGCACGUGUUAUGCUUUUCUGAUAUUACAGCAGUUACAUUUUCAAUUUGUUUAGGUUCUUUUGUUUUUUUUCCCUUCCUACGCACCCCUGACACAUUGGGUGGCGUAUGUUUAUGUAAAAUAAAAUUGUGUACAGACUCUCGACACGAGCUCCUGUCAUGAGCCUAUGAAUGCCUGCCCAUGGUGGUGUAAACUGCAUGUGGGACGUUUCUUUGAUGGGUGGUUGACAGGCCUGAGUAGGUGGGUGGGUGUUUGGCCUAAAAAUAAUGCGAUUUCAGAAAUGGGUGUGUUUUGCCGGAUUAUUAUAUUUGAAAUGUAUAAUAACUCAUGAUAACCGUAAUGUUAAUAAAAACGAAAAAUAAACAUUUCGUGGAUACCA